CGUGCAUCGCGCGGCCGCGUCGCGAUCGCUUCGAAAUAUCAAACCGCAAAUCAAUUUCGCGCGAUAUCACCACGGGUGCAGUGAAAUAAACAUCGUCUAUCGUGGAGACCGUGUCCAUAUCGAGAGACGCAAUAUGAAAAAUCUAAAAAUAAUACAGCGAUAUAUUUCUCUCGGUGGCAUCGAUUGAUUCCUCGAAACAACGUCUUCCAUCCUUAAUUACGAGCAUUCAGUUCAGUUUCGUCUUUCCCUUUUUUCUCGUCGUUUCGUUCGUAUUCCUUCUCUCGCGCAAGAUUUGUGUUUUGUCGGUGUGUGCGUCGGUCUCCGGUGUGAUACGUUUUCCAGUUUCUUUUUUUUCCUUUUUUUUUUUUUUUUCUUUUUUCCUCGCGGAACACCACCGUUGUGUAUCGAAUCGCCGUGUCACGAGCCGUGUUUUCCACGGUGGAUUUUUCACAGUCGUCGUCUCUGGAUGAAAAAUACGGGGAGGGAGCCACGAGCAACGUAACGGGGGAGUGUUAAGGGACAAUUAUAUUAACGCCCUUUCGGAUCACACCCCCGCUUACAAGAUCUUUCUUGGAUACAGUCGGGGAUGUUUCACAAUUAGAGAAGCCCGUGAAAAAAGUUCGAAACUCGGCUCGUCGUCGCGUUGUGAUUAAUCGUGUGCGACUGACGGAAGCGGAGAGAGAGAGAGAGAGAAAGAGAGAGAGGAAGGGGGGGGGGGGGGUCGGUCGAGUUUCGACGAGCGAAACCCGGAAAGGAGAGAGUUACGAGGACGAGAGAGUGGUGGCGAUAUUUCAACGGGACGUCCUCUCGCUCCUCUCACAGCGGCGAGAUAAAAGAAAUCGCGGUGUAUCGAGGAAACCGAGCGAACUCGGCUCUUCGAGCUCUUCGAAUAAACGAAGUUUUGCCACUGGUAAAAAGAAAUUAUUCUGGAAGGCGCGGCGCGAUAAAUAACGCGAGUGUUCCACGAACGAUGUUCUCGAGUUCUCUCCGAGUAUCUAACCAGACCAGACGAUUGCUCAGCAACGCAAAAAUAGAAGGUGAUUGAUCGUGCGGGUCUCCGUCACGAAAGAAAUGCGAUCUGUGCGCGGUGAAUCUCUGUUAGGAUGUGUUAUUGCCACGAUCGAAACGAUCCCCCCACCCUUUGAAAUGAAAUGGGAGAUUUGGUGAUUUCUCGGUGAACGGUGUCACGAUUUUCUGAUUCUCCAGUGUAUGCGCUGUAUUAUUAAGAGAGAUCGAGGCGUUGAGACAAGGAACAGAGAAGGAAGAAGAAGCUUCCUUUUCAAGGGAAUCGGUUGGAUCGUUGCGCGCUUUUUCAUCGAGCGGAUGAUUCCUGUGACAACAGGAUGGGCCGAUAGAGAGCAGUGGAUAGAGAUAGUAUUUGUCGCGCAAUCAGGAAUCAUUCGAUGGUGGGCAUCGAGUGGUUGGCAACGUGCUCCACCGGUUAAUUCCACGACGAAAUUACGCCGCGCCAAGUGUAGCCAGAAAUUGGCAGGAUAACGUGGCCACACUCGAUUACUGGGAAGAGAUCCUCUCCCAGCGGGUUCGUCGCGUUAGGUUAAGAAGGGAGAAGAAACGAGAUUACGAUUACGCGAAGAUGCGAGAACGAUCGAAAAAAUGAACGAUGAAACGAUCCUGAAGGGUUUGACCGGUGGCGGUAACAUUCCAUUCGCGGACGAGGAUGGAACGGUGGCGGGGCUCGAGCAUCGCGGCGCGCGAUCGAGCGCCGCGCGGGCAGAGGUGACGCGGAAGGAAGCGCACGCUUUGGGGACGUUCGGUGGGCCGUCGAGGAUGGAUCAAGAGGGAAGGAGCUGCUCGUCGUCGAUGCUGGAACGGAAUGCGAGCACGUUCGUCGGUCAGAGGCAGUACAAGCAAUCGCCCGGCCCUAGGAGGAUCGGCUCGAGGAACGAGGCGAUCGAGGGGAGCGGGGAGAAUGCUCUGCAACGGUACGAGAACGCCGUGUUGAAGUAUCGGAGGGCGAGCAGGCAAGGGAGUCGGGACAGGCAGAAUCACGGUUGCUCGAGCAGCGACGAGAGCGUGGCGAGGAACAAGUCGAAGAGCAUCAGCUCGAUCGACACGCAAUCGGUGAACAACAUAUUGGACGAGUACGAGGACCUCGAUUACGGGAGGUCGUCGGAUUUGAGCGACGUCGGGAGCAUAAGCGUGUCCAACUUCGAGGCCGUGAUGAUGGACCAGCGGAAGAAGCAGCAGCGGCAGCAGCAGGAGAGGUCGAGAGCGGCGUUGGCCGCGUCGAGGACGCAGCCCAAGUGCCUCCCCGCGCGGGAGAGGUCGCGAGCAGUGGCGAGGGCGAGCGAGCCGAUCCAGGCGAGGCAGAAGAUUGAGGACGGGACUCGUCCCUCGUCCUGCGUGCCCGUGACCGUGGACGCAGGCCGCGCGAGAGUACCGGAGGUGUUGCUUCGCAAGGGGGAGGUGCAGAAGAGGGUGGACGAGUGGUUGAACCAGACGCAGAGCCAGAAUUUCGUCGGGGCGCGGGAGAAAGCGUUGACCAGGUCGAACAGCAGCGCGGAUCAGAAGAGUCAGAGGAGGUACAGGCAAGACUCGAGGUCGAGGUCGAUAGACGAGGGUAGGGACAGGUCGAACGGGACCUCGUCGAGUUACGACGAUCUUAGCCGGGCGGAGAAGAAGGUGGAGCGGAAGCCGGGCGUGGACAAGGUGAACGUUGGCGUGAACACUAGCAGAGGGACGUACAAGGAGUAUCUCGCUUCGAAGAGCGGCGGCAAGCAGCAGGAUUACGGUUUCAGCGCGUCGAGCUGCGCCGCGAUCGGUAGAGCGAGGGACAUGAGCCCCUCGACGGCCGCCUCUAGAAUUCCGCAGAGGGGCCCGUUGGGCUCGAGCUUCAGGUCGAGGCGGUUGGACGCCCCCUCCUCGUCGGCCAACGAGGCGAGCCAAGCGGAUGACAGCGGGGGCGGCGGGGGGGAGCAGCCGUCGCAAUUUUCGCAGGGCGAAAAGAACUGUCGCGCGAGAUACGCGGCCGACACCAGGCCGACGAAUUUGGUAAAGACGAGGAACGAGUCCGAUCACGGGAGGAUAUCUGGGGUGGUGGUGGUGGUAAGCGGCGGCGGUGGUUCGACGACAUCGGGGACCACGAGUAUCGCGUCGACGUCGUCGUGCUCGGUCAUCCCGUGCAGGAAAGCGUCGUUCAAGCGGUCGCAGCAGAGUCACGAUCAAAGCGCGGCCGGCGCGACGCGGCCGCUCGUUAAGGAAGAGACAGGCCAGAGAGGCGGCAGAGGGAGCGGCAUCUCGAAGGGCCCGGCCAACCUUGGUGACCAAGGCGAGCCGAUCUCGCCAAAUAAGGACGGAGAAAGUAGGCGGCCGGCUCUCGCGACCGAUUCAUCGCGAACGGUUGGUGAUAAACCAGCCGAUGUUGCCUGUAAAUCGAUCGAGGUUCCGAGGAGCGGCGCUGAUCGACCCACGCGGGAUAUCCACAGGGUUACGGGCUGUGAAUCGGCCGAGUCCAGGAGGUGCUAUCCCCAGGAUAGCAAGAGGGAUCAAAACAAAAUGGAUCAGGCGAGGCAGGAGGGUAGUGCCGCGGCGGUGGUUUACGGUGCCGUUGGCGCCCGCGUCCGGACUCUCCAAGGUCACCAGGAAUCCCGCGUCACGAAGCCGAGGAAUCUCCAAGCCGGCAUCGCCCCGCCAGAAGCUAGAAAGCCACCGGUUCUCCCGAGGAGGGAUCAGAUUCCUUUUUGCCAGGAGGGGAAGGACGAUCGGGCGACGAAACGUUCGCCGAUCGGCUCCCCUCGAUCCACGUUCAAACCCAACAGUCGGGUUUACGCGGCGUUGCAACAAUUGAACGAGCAGAAUUCGGCCAAGUGCAGGUCGACCGGUCCCGCUGACAAGUCGCCCGCGAGGUCUCACUAUUCCUCGCCGAAUCACGCCGUGGAGAAGAUUUACGAGCGCAGUCUUCAGCCUCAGGUGAUUCACGUGGAUGACCUCCAAUCGAUCCUUCGACCUUCUUUGCAGGUUUCCGCUUACGGCGAAGGAGGGACGGCCGCUCGAUCCGAUCGCAAGUCGCCUCCCAAAGAAGUGGUUAUGCUCGGCCAACGAAACGAAAAGGGGGGCGAGGAGGAAGAGGAAGAAGAAGAGGAGGAGGAGGAGGAGGAAGAAGAAGAGGAGGAGGAGGAGGAGGAGGAAGAAGAAGAAGAAGAAGAAGAAGCGGAGGUUUACGAACGGGUCGGCGAGUUGCGGUACGAACACCUGGAGACUAUCGAGGAAGACGAUCAGAAGAGCGAAGCGUCCGUUUGCGGAUACCCAGAGAUCGGAUUGAGUCGAUGCUUGAAGAUUGAGCGAGGUCUGCCGAACGGUAGGUCGCAGGAGAGGAGGAAGAAGAGGAAGAAGAAGAAGGAAGGCUCGACGCCGUGUUUGAAGCCGGAUCAAGCGAACGAAGCUGGCAGGACGUUCGUCACGUUUCGCUCAUCCAGCUCCCCCCAGGGCAUUAAGGCGAACCUGCAAUCUCGACCCGCCGCGACUGGUUUGUUGGAGUGCAACGAACAGCAGGAAAAACGGGAGGCCGCCGCUGCCGAGGAGCCGCCGAUCAUGAUCGUCCACGACGCGGAGAUCCCUUACGAUUCCGGGAACCCGGCCGACAGAAGCGAACCGUGUCACACGCGGGAGAAUAGCAAUCUAUCGACCGCCACUAUCCCCGUGGACGAGCUUGAGAGUGAAAGGCAGGCGGCAAAGUUCAAGGUCGAAGACGCGUGUCUUCGAUCGAACGAUCGAAUGUCCGAUCAUCGAACAAUGGAGGCAAGAUUUCAAAAGGAGGAUGCCAAGGAGGUCGGUUGCCAGAAGGUCGAUAGAUGGGAGAGCGAGAAGGAGAGGGCGAGCUCGAGGGAAAUGGAGGAGCGCGGGUCUGUGGUGAACGAAGUGUUGGUGAAGAAUCUUCAGUUCGAGCAAGAUUUGCCCAAGGAUUCGGUGGAGCAUGUGGUUGUUGUUGUUGGUGGUAAUGGUAAUGGUGGUGGUGGUGGUGGUGAUGGUGGUAGUGGUGGUGGUGGUUGUAGUGACACGUUUGGAAAGAUCAUCGAGCGUGUCGGUCAGCAGAGAUCAAUGGGGUACCACAACGUUUUGUGCGACAAUUACGAGAACGUGCAGAACGCGAGGUAUAAGGAGAGCAAGGUGUACGUGACGAAAGAGGAGAUGGAGCGGCAGAGGCUGAUGGAGCUGCUCAGGAAGGGAGAUUACGAGUUAGCGAAAGCGGAAUUGGAGAGAAGUUAUACCCUCUCGACCCCGGGGGGUAGCAGCCCCGUUUGCUGCCCGCCCUGCAGCCCGCCCCCUGCGCCGGCCGCAUACAUAUCGAGCGCACGUGCGUCCUCGCGGAGACUCGGCGCCGGAAGCGGAGGUCCACCGUCACCGGAAAGGGACCCCUUGGGAAGACUGUUAAGAUUCCUCAAGUCCUUCUACAGGGAGCUAGGCACUCGCGAUCCACCCCAUUUGCCGGCGUGGGCCUCGCCACUUCCACUGGGCACCCUUUGUCCGGCGCAUUUCCAGCCGCACCUGCAGCUGCUCCACAAAGGCGAGCAGGAGCACAGGCUCGAGAACAUCAAGCCCGACCAGAUCUUCGCCCCCGUCAGGUUGAGCGACGGCACGGUCUCGGAGGCGCCUCGCCGCGUGGCCAUCGAGGGUGGCCCCGGAAGCGGAAGGACGACCCUCUGCCUCCGCCUCCUUCACCAGUGGGCGAUCCAAGGCGAUGGCCCGGCUCUGGCCUUCAUCGUCCCGUUGCGCGAGCUACGCGGCAGCCCCGUGCUCAAUUACCUGGCGCGGGAAUUAUUCCCGAGGACGGCCGCCAUCGGCGACGCCAUCGCUCAGGUGUGGCGGACGCUCCACCUAAUGGAGGAUCGCGUGCUGUUCAUCCUGGACGGGUACGACGAGUGCGUGGGCGGUAGAGCGUCCCUUGCAGACGCGGUAGACCUUCUGGAGGGACGUUUGUUCCCGGACGCGAGGAUCCUGGUCACGUGCUCGCCCGGCAACUCGACCAUGCUCUCGCCCCUCGUCCAAAGAAGGAUCCAUUUGGCCGGGCUGGAGUGGCCCCACGUCGAGAGGCUCUGCGUCGCGUAUUUCAUCCACAACGACAUAGCGGAGAAGGCUUGCGAGUUCCUCGAAGCGUUAAACGUGCAACCCCAGACCGUCAAACAGCUCGGUCAGCACCCUCUCGGUUGGAUUAUGCUCUGCUGCCUCUACCAGGACUCUGGAAGCUUGCCAACGGAGACCAGCGCGCUGGUUCAAGCCGCGGUUAAGUGCAUCGUGAGGCGAAGCCUGGAUCCGCCUGUCCCUUACAACGAGGAGAUCCCGGGCCAUUGCAGGAAACGAUUGGAAGACUUCGGUAAGGUGUCGUUGGCCGCGCUCAGGGAAGGCAGGUGUUGCUACACGGAGGCCGAGCUUCGCGCACGGGGCGGAGGGAUCGAGGUGACCAGGUUGGGCUUCCUCACCAAGGGAUUGACGUUCGGCCAACGGCGAAAACCUGACCUGUACACGCCCAUUCACACGGCCGUGGCCGAAUUCCUGGCGGCCUACUACUUGACCUCCGUCGCCCAGUACGCGAACAUACUUCGAAGAGAGUUGGAGGGGCUGCCGUCGGGGAUCAUCAGCCACUUGGCCGGCCUGUUGGGCCCCAAGACGCAUCUGAUAUUGAACCAAUUGUGCCCGUUGGAGGUGCCGCCAAGGGCCGUGUUCUCGCUGUUGAAGGCAGCCGGCGCCUCGGACGGCAACAUCUCCGCCGUGUGCAGACUGGUCGGCGCUGGGCCCGGCUUCGGCCCUGCGCCGAACGAGAGGCCACCGGCUCCUCUGGUCCACACUUCCCCCCUCGAGCUGGAAGGGUGGGCGAGGAUCCUCGAGAGCGCGGCGUGCACCCUCGAGGCCCUCGAGGUCGUGUUCCAGGUGGAGAGGGGCUCCGAUCCGAGAUAUCUGGACGACUUUUUCGAGGCCUUGGCCGGGAACGAGAGCGUGAAGCUCGUGAGGAUCACGUCCCUUCUUGGACAAGAGUUCCCCGCGGACGAGGCGCAAAAACUGGCCGGCCAUUUGAAGAGCGUCCUCGGCAAGAAGAAAUUGAACGACUUUGAACUGGUUAUCACUUGUCUCGAGGAAGCUGCCCACGAUAGAUUGGAGUGCGUGGUGAACGCCCUUUGCCGUGGCCUGAGUCACGCGUCAACCAGCCUUGCACGGUUGGUCCUCGACAUGAAUCUGUCCGGCGAGCAAGUGUCCAGGGUCUGCGAUGCUCUUCGUGACUGCGUUCAAGUGCAGGCGCUUCACUUGCCCCAUUUGGGAUGCGGAUGCGAGGGACUGGCCUCGGUCGCGGAGCUCCUCAAGGAGAGGCCUUUGCUCGCGCUCAAUUUGGCCGGAAGUUGGGGCGCCAAGAACGAGGAUCCGUCCAGCUCUGGAAUCAGUAUGGGUUCGGGGUCCGGAUCCGGAAGCAGCGGAUGCGCGUCCAGUACCCUUGGCACGCUACCCUUAAAUCGGUGUUACUCGUCCCUGCCCAGGGGUGCAUUGGCAGCCUACGGCAGCUUAACGAGGCCAGCCACCCUUCCGCGGCUUCCCCUCGGGCUUGGCCUUGGUCCCGCGCCCGCCACCGGAAACGGACCGCUGCCGCAGAACGACAGGGACAGAGACAGUAACGGAAGCAGCAAGAGGAACAGCGAUAGCGUACUUUGUCAUCGGUUGCCGCUUCUGCACCCGUUACCCACUUGCGACGUCAGCAGCCAUCAAGGAACUGGCUUCCACGAGAUCUUCAACGCCAUCAGGGAGCCUAACUGCAAGCUGAGGUCCCUGAACGUGUCCAAGUGUUUACUGGGCGGAUUGGACGCGGGCUGCUUGGGAGAGACCAUCAGAAGGGCGCGCAAUUUGGACGCUCUGAGGGCGGCCGGUGCAUCCAGACCGGCGGAUGUGAUGCCAUUAGUACUGGCACUGACAGAGGCACCGUGCCUUCAACUUCUGGAUCUAGCAAGCCCAAGACUCGCCCUCGACGACCACCCUUCCAGAUUACUGUGUCACGCUCUCGCCAGAAAUACUACCCUCAAGCUGCUCAGCCUGGAGGGAUGGACCUUUAGAAUAGAGGAAUCGGACAGUCUGGCGGUGUUUUCCGAGCUGCUCAGAUACACGAGCGUCCGCGAGUUGAGCCUGUGCAACGCCCGGCUACAUCUGGCCGUCCACGAGGGUCCUUUGGCGAGAUUAGGUCGUAGGGACGAUGCAGGAGCGGAGUUGCUCAGAGCUGCGCCUCCUCCCGCCUGUCCCGCCAUUGUAUUUCUCAGGCUGGCCGGUUUUCAAGUGACAGUGAACGAUCGUUUGGCGCUUCGAGGGCCGCUUCUUUUGCCAUUCCUCGCCGGUUUCACAGCCCUCAGCGAGCUCGAUCUCUCGUUGGACAAAUCGACCAUAGGGGGCAGUAGCGGAUCAUUGCUGUUCAUCGAUGACAAAAUCCUCCAACAGUUCUUCGCCUGCUUCUCCUCUCACUUCAAGAAUCUACAGUCCCUGAGGAUUAACUUUUGGCGGAUCACGUUGGAGGACAGCGAGAAGACGAUGAGGCAGAUAGCCAAGUAUCUGAAGCUGUGCAACCUGAGCUUCUUAAAGGCGAAUGGAUUGAUCGUGACCGACAGCGCGAAGAAGGUGCAAAUGGAACACGUAUUCGUGCAAACGAUCCUGACGCAUCUACAGUACUUGACGUGGCUCUGUCUGGAUGGAGUGGAUCUCACGGAAUCGCAGGCUUCCAGUAUCGGAAAAUGUGUUAGAGAUCGGUUUCCGGGCACCUCGUUGGAGAUCAGUGCCAAAGACGUGCACGUAAAGUCGGUGAAAGCUUUGGUCGCCGCGAUAGAGGAGGGUGGAAGGGCGGAAGUCGUGUACACCGGUGGGUCGAACUGCAGGCUGAAGAUCACCAAGGUCCAGAAGAGUAGCAAAGGUAAAAAGAAGUGAAGAUUCGGUUGGAGAAUUCUUGGUUGUCAACGACGUGGAAAUUUCGUAAUUGUUCGAUCACGGAAGAAUAUGGCCGUAGAAAAAUAACGAUUGGAAUUUGAUCCGUAGAUGAAUGAAAAUAUAGAGAUGGGAAACGUUCGAAGUGGGGGAGGGGGAUGAUUGGUUGCACGUGAUUCCGUAAAUGAUCCGGUGAAACGGAUCUUGGAAAGAGAGAGGCUAAGAGAAUGUUUUAGGAUGAGAAUAACGUAGUUUUAGAAAGAUACGAGAUAGACGGUGUUAGCCGUAAGAGGCAUGUAGAAUAAGAAGAGUACUCACACGAGGAAGAAAGGCGUGAAGAAGGAGAGGAAGAAGGGAAUGAAGCCAACACUUUGUGGAUUUUCGUCUUACUGUGAUUUCCUUUUCUGCGCGUCAUCACUUUCCUAACGAUAUAGAUCUAUAGAUCGUAGCAUUAUUAGCUCGAGCAUUAUUCUCGAUGGUCCGUUAUACGCAGAAAAAUGUCGAAAUCGUACAGAAGGAUGGGUAAAAAAAAAUAUAUAUAUAUAUAUAUUCUUUCAACGAGAAAGAAUAAAUAAAAUUAAAAGAGAUAAAAAUUUUAGCAAGACCAAUUAUACAUACGCAUAUGUAUUAUCGAAAGAUAUUUAAAAAAUAAAAAAAGAAAAAAAAAUAAUAAUUAAAAAAGAGGCUGUUGCAACUAGAUACGUUCGUUGUUGUUAGAUGGACUGUAAAAUAUGAUUCAGAGUAAUAUAUUAUUAUUAUUGUCAUUAUUGCGAUUAUUAUUAUUAUUCCUACGAUUACUAGUAUAUUCUGAUCAUGAUUAUUAAAUGUUACGAUCGAUUGAAUUACAAUCGACGAUCCAUGAGUGAAAUGGCUUUACCGGAUGGCGUGUUGUUGGAAAUUUGAAGAAAUUUUAUAAAUUAUAUUCUAUAGUAGUGGGUAGAAAAGAAAAAAAUACGUAUCCAGAGAGUAAAAGAGAGACGUCCUCGAAUUUUGAAUUCUAUUGUACACAUUAAAUUAGAAAAUAAUGGCUAUUGUAUAAUAAUAAGGAAUGAAGAACGAAAUAAAAGAGCAACAAAAAAUACUUACUUUUUGCGAGUAAAAGAGAACGUGCGACACUCAACUGCCAAAUCGUAAUUGUAGAUUUUAUUCGCGAGUAUCGAUAUUAUAUCAGGAAUUUGUUAUUUUUUAGAAUAAGCGCGAUACGACGAUUUCUAUCCAUCUAUCGCCGAAUUAAAACGCAAUGUGUGAUUUUCUGCUGUCCCUUUGCCAAUAAAAAAGCAGAAAUACGAUACUGCCAUAUACCUUGAAGAAAUGAAAAUAAUGAUUAAAAAGAAAGCAAGGAAAAAAAAUACGUUUAAUCAUACGUGAAACAAACCAACGAGUAUGUUCGAUCAACUUUUGUUCAGCUUUAUGCAAAAAAGCAAUUCCACGGUGUUCGUUCGAUUUUUUGUACUAUUAGUGAGAAAACGUAAUUUUUGAUUCCCUUUUACGGUCCACUUUAGAUAGGCAGGUAUAGCCUCGCAGGGACAAAAGUUCCACACGAUUUUUCAUUUUUGAUAGUUUGCUAUGUACAUAAGACACCACAAAAGAUAGAAGGCAUCAAAGAUACGAUCUGCAAAUUUUGUGAGGCCAUUUAAAUUACUAAUUCAAGCGGUGAGAGACUGAAGCUGACACCAUACGCGCGUAAGUACAUUGUCCACGCGUCCAAGAUCGCUUUAUCGUCUGGAAUCAGUUUCAGUA